AUGGAUGUUAUUGGAUCCAUUGAACCCGCAGCUUUAAAUGGCCAUCGAUUCAUUUUAGUUUCCAUUGACUACUUCACCAAAUGGGUGGAAGCAACGUCCCACAAGUCAGUAACAAAGAAAGUGGUAGCUGACUUCAUGCAAAACAUCAUAUGCCGGUUCGGUAUACCCGAAUCCAUCAUAAUAGACAAUGGAGCAAAUCUGAAUAGCCAUAUGAUGAAGGAUAUCUAUGAGCAAUUCAAGAUCACUCACCGAAACUCGAUAGCCUACCGGCCACAAAUGAACGAAGCCAUAGAAGCAACCAACAAGAAUAUCAAGAGGGUAUUGAGGAAAAUGACUUACAACUAUAAAGGUUGGCACGAGAAGUUGUCUCAUGCCUUAUUGGGAUACCGUACUACGGCCAAAACUUUAACAGUAGCAACUCCUAAUUUGUUAGUCUACGGUACUAAAGCAGUCAUACCUGCCGAAGUUGAGAUACCUUCUUUGAGAAUCAUUCAAAAAGCAGAAUUGGACAAUGCUGAAUGGGUUCGAGCUCGAUAUGAGCAAUUGGCUUUAAUAGACGAGAAAAAGGAUGGUUGCCGUAUGUCACGGUCAACUAUACCGACAAAGGAUGGCAAGAGCCUUCAACAAACGAGUCAGGACUAUACUUUUACAAAUUGGGCAGAUGGAAAUGGCUCACCAAAGAAGGUCAAGACAGCUGCUGAGAUCAGGUUUUCAGAAAAAAUAUCCAGUCACAAGGGCCAUGAAGUGUUUAAAAGCAACGAGGGAAAAAUAUCUAGCCAGAAGGGCUACAAAGGGAUUUAA